AAUCGCAUCACUACUACCAUGGCUGAUACCGCACCCGCUGCUCCGGCUCCCGCCAGCCCUGCCAAGGGCAAGAAGACCAAGGCUGCCAAGACCGGCGCCAAGAAGGUCGUGCCGACCCACCCGCCGACGGCCCAGAUGGUCAACGCCGCCAUCAAGAACCUGAAGGAGCGUGGAGGCUCUUCCCUGCAGGCCAUCAAGAAGUACAUCGCCGCCACCUACAAGAUCGACGCCGAGAAGUUGGCGCCGUUCAUCCGCAAAUACCUCAAGUUGGCCGUCACCGCCGGCAAGUUGGUGCAGACCAAGGGCAAGGGUGCCUCUGGCUCGUUCAAGCUUAGCGCCGCCGCCGCUGCCCCGAAGAAGGAAAAGGUCGUCAAGCCCAAGAAGCCCGCCGCCGAGAAGAAGGCCAAGAAGCCCAAGAGCCCCAAGAAGGCCGGCGUCAAGAAGGUGACCAAGCCCAAGAAGACCGUGGCCGAGAAGAAACCCGCCGCCGCCAAGAAGGUUGUCGCUGCCAAGAAGCCAAAGUCCCCCAAGAAGGACAAGAAGCCCAAGGCCGCCGCCGCCAAGCCCAAGACCCCCAAGGUCAAGAAGGUCGCCGCUAAGAAGCCCGCAGCCAAGAAAGCCGCCCCUAAGAAGGCUGCCGCCAAGAAGGCCUAAGCGUCUCCUUGCAAAUCCCGCCCCUAAAUCGGCCCUUUUCAGGGCCACCAAAACACUCACAUAAGAGCAAUGCAAGCAAUGGUUAUCUAAAUUUAAUUAUUUAAAUAAAGCGAAAUAAACGUAAUAAAAACUAAUCCAAUCCCUACUAUAGAUAUAUAAGAGAAUUUAGUUCGGAUUCUUGUCACUGAAUA